UUAUGAAAGACCAAAUCCCUCCGCAGGCAGCGGUUUCUAAGCCUGUCUGUCGGCGAGAGGUGGACUUCCUUUCGACCCAACCGGUCUCGGGCACACGCUUUCCGUUUAGCCUCUCUCGUGUGAGCUUUCUUCAGGGUUGAAGUACAGGCUGUCUCGCCCCCUCCCUUGCGUCCUUCUUCGAGCUCUGUUAUUCCGCACCGCUCCGCGACGCCAGCCAGCGGACGUAGCCGAGAAGGGAAGUCGAAGUGGGCUUCGUCCUUUUCACCAGGCAGAUGAUCCCAGCCGUCCAGAUUGACAGGAGUGAUGGGAUGUGUCAACUAGCAAAUAAGACAUCUCUGGAUGAUGUAAUCAGACUGAAGGACUCAUCUACAGUGUUGACGCCAGAGCGGGAAAAAGGCAGGAAGGAGGGAGAGUGGGCGUACUGUGACGAUACAAACAUGGGCGUGGGCAAGAACACCUCUUCCAAGCCGAUGGACAGCGGGAGCGAGGAAGGGAAAUAUGAAGAGGAAAGCAAACACGGAGCGGACUUUUACCCUAUUCCGGUGGUGGUAAAUGGAGUGGGCGGUGCCAAUGGAGACCAGGAUACGGAGAACACAGAGUUAAUGGCCAUCUACACUAAAGUCCAAGGAGUAGAAAAGAGCUCAAUGUCGGAGACGUUGGACAGCUCAGACAGUACGGAUCUGAAAAGGAUGGACAUGAUUUAUAUUAUAGAGGACACUCCGCCUUGGUACCUGUGUGUGUUUCUUGGGCUACAGCACUAUUUAACAUGUUUUAGCGGAACCAUAGCGGUGCCGUUCCUUCUCGCUGAAGCCAUGUGCGUCGGUUACGACCAGUGGGCCACCAGCCAGCUUAUAGGAACCAUCUUUUUUUGUGUGGGGAUCACCACCCUCUUACAAACCACACUGGGCUGCAGGCUGCCUUUGUUCCAGGCCAGUGCUUUUGCCUUCCUGGCCCCUGCCAGAGCCAUUCUGUCACUGGACAAAUGGAAUUGUAACAACACAGAGAUACUCGGGACAAACAGCACAGAGAUCCUCCACACAGAACACAUCUGGCAUCCCAGGAUACGAGAAAUCCAAGGGGCCAUCAUUGUGUCUUCUCUCGUGGAGGUGUGUAUUGGGGCACUGGGUCUGCCCGGACUCCUCUUGAAGUAUAUUGGACCUCUGACCAUCACCCCUACUGUGGCCCUUAUCGGUCUCUCCGGUUUCCAGGCUGCGGGGGAGAGAGCAGGCAAACACUGGGGCAUUGCUAUAAUGACUAUUUUCUUGGUGCUUCUCUUCUCCCAGUAUGCCAGAAAUGUCCAAUUCCCAUUGCCCGUCUACAAAGCGAAGAAAGGCUGGACAACCUACAGGCUGCAGGUGUUCAAAAUGUUUCCAAUCAUCAUGGCCAUCCUGGUGUCAUGGCUGCUGUGCUUCAUCUUCACGAUAACCAACGUAUUCCCGCCUGUGAAGGAAAAAUACGGCUACUACGCCCGCACAGACUCACGCCAAGGAAUACUCUCGGCUGCGCCCUGGUUCAAGAUCCCGUAUCCCUUCCAGUGGGGGGUUCCUAAUGUAACAGCUGCAGGUGUGAUUGGCAUGAUGAGCGCGGUGGUCGCGAGCAUCAUCGAGUCUAUCGGUGACUAUUACGCUUGCGCCCGUCUGUCGUGCGCCCCUCCGCCACCCAUCCACGCCAUCAAUAGGGGCAUAUUUAUAGAAGGCAUUUCCUGCGUACUGGACGGUCUUUUCGGGACAGGAAACGGUUCCACCUCUUCCAGUCCAAACAUCGGUGUUCUGGGAAUAACAAAGGUGGGCAGCAGGCGGGUGAUCCAAUACGGAGCCGCCAUGAUGCUGCUCCUGGGACUUGUGGGUAAAUUCAGCGCCCUGUUUGCCUCCCUGCCCGACCCGGUGCUGGGAGCGCUGUUCUGCACCUUGUUCGGUAUGAUCACAGCAGUGGGGCUGUCCAACCUCCAGUUUGUGGACCUCAACUCUUCCAGGAACCUCUUUGUUCUGGGCUUCUCCAUCUUCUUUGGUCUGAUGUUGCCCAGCUACCUCAAACAGAACCCGUUGGUCACAGGCAUCAUUGAGAUUGACCAAGUGUUGAACGUGCUCCUCACUACAGCCAUGUUUGUUGGCGGCUCAGUGGCUUUUAUUUUGGACAACACUAUUCCAGGAUCUUCUGAGGAGCGAGGCAUCAGGAAGCUGAAACGAGGCUUGGGUCUGGGCGCCUCAGAGCUGGAAGGGAUGCGCUCGUACGACCUGCCUUUUGGAAUGGACUUCAUCCGCAGACACGAUGUCUUCAAGUACCUCCCCAUCAGCCCCACCUUCGCCGGCUACCAAUGGGGGGGUCUGCGGGAGGCCUGCAGGUGCAGGGGUGGACAAGGGGAGCCGGGGAAGCAAGGAGGGGAAGGAGGCACCGCUCGGGUCGAGAGUCCGGCAUAGCCUGACCAAAUAGUGUGUGAAUUCGGGGAGCAAUUGAAGGUUCACUGAGAGAAAAGGACAUGAGAGUGUGGUGCAGGAUCUUGCCUCACUUCCCAUUAUGCUCUUUUUAGCAUGCUUAUUAAUAAGCAAGUGGCAGCCAGCAUGCUCCAAAAAAGAUGUCACUGUGUGGAGAGUAGUUGGUGUGUCUACAUGUGUACAAUCAUACACUGGCACUUUAACUCAAUUACAAUUUAUUUCACAAUCGGCCAACUGAGAAUUAUGCAAACGAAAAAGGUCUCAUUGCCAUGCGCAUUGUAUGCACAUGGACACACACCUACAGCCCCUCAAAAACUAGCUGAGUCAGCUCGAAUGCAUGUCUGCUCAGUUCAUUAGCUCAGUGAUUGUGACACUUUUUUUUCUUUAUGCUGCUUCCUACAUCCAAAAUGUCUCUCUGGCAAGCUCACUUCCUCACAAACAACUCUAAACUCAACCAGCUCUCAAUUUACAUCAAGGAUGAUCUCACAGUUUACUUAGAAUUCCAGUCAAAGGUUUGGAGACGUUUUCUCAUUCAAUAGUGUGAGCAAGUGUUUGUCUCUGUCUUAUGCACGAGCAGAAUCCUAAAUCAGAAUGCCCUCAUUUGGAUACUAUGAAGGGGCUCAUUGUCACAUGACUUCUGAGAGUUAUCUUCACUGUCACUACCAGUACUCUAAUCCCUCAUGCAAUAAGAUAACAUAGCAUCUUCCUUCACAGUCAGGAGAUCCGCGUUCAAAUCUCUGCAUGUUCUGUCUUGGAGUACUUCAGCUUCCUCCCACUGCCCUACAUGCAUUAGCUUCAUGGGAGACUCUAAAUAGUCCAAGGGAGUGAGUGGGAAUUAGGUGUCCUGUUAUUGACUGAAAACCGGUCCAGGUUUAUCCUGCCUCUCACCUCACAGUCAGCUGGGAUAGGCUCCAGCUCAUCCAUGACGCUAAUUAGCUCAAAUGUUACAGAACAUGCAUAAAAGUGUCUAAAUAAUUCCCAGAAGGAGAUUGAAAAGCUGAUGUGUUUCUAACAUUUAGCCUGAUUGUCAAUCCAUUCUGCGUCUGUAUGUCGUGUUUAUGUAGCAGUAUUAGGACUACACUGAAAAGACUGCAGUGUUUUGUUUUUAAAUAAUUAUGAUGAACACUCAAAAGUCUCAAGUUUUUGGGGACUUUCUUUUUUCCCUCAAAAAACAGACACUCAUAAAAUAGUUUUCCUUCAAUGUGGCACAGGGGUUAGUGCAUGUGCCUCACAAUACAAAGGUCCUGAGUAGUCCUGAGUUCAAUCCCGGGCUUGGGAUCUUUCUGUGUGGAGUUUGCAUGUUCUCCCCGUGACUGCAUGGGUUCCCUCCGGGUACUCUGGCUUCCUCCCACUUCCAAAGACAUGCACCUUGGAAUAUGUUGAUUGGCAACACUAAAUUGGCCCUAGUGUGUGAAUGUGAGUGUGAAUUGUCUGUCUAUCUGUGUUGGCCCUGCGAUGAGGUGGCGACUUGUCCAGGGUGUACCCCACCUUCCGCCCAAAUGCAGCUGAGAUAGGCUCUAGCACAACCCCCCCCCCGUGCCCCUAAAAAAUGGACAAGCGGUAGAAAAUGGAUGGAUGGAUGUUAAUUACCUCCACCGGGAGAUUUUGUAAUGGUUGCUGUUUGGUUGUCAGUUAGCGAGGUAGCAACACAAGUCAAAAAGUUAUUGGCAGAUUUACAUGAAACUUUCAGGAAAAGUCCAAAAUUGGAACAACUGGACCGAUAUUGGGUCUGAUACGUCAUUUCUACUACGUUACCUUUUCUGCUAGAGAUAGCUCGAAAGGUUUGUGGCAGUAUUUUAAUUAAACGUUUAGGAAAUUUCCAAAAUGGGAUGAAAAAAACAAGUGAUUACAUUCGGCUCAUGGGAGAUCGGGCCUGGUGGUGGUCAGUGCUCUCCAAAGUAUUUUUUAGUUUUUGUUCUUUCCGGUCUGAGCACUUGUCUUGUCUAACCAACCCUACUUCCGAAUUUAGUUCAUUAUUCUAAUAUCCUCACUAAUAGUGAACUGUAAUAUCUUCAAAAAUGUAUGGGAUGGGAGAAUGUCGGAACUUAUUUUGAUCAGAACAAUUCUGUGUAGCUGUAGUACUGUGACUGUAGCUUCAGCCAGCAAACUAGUUGAGACUCGGAGCCGUGUUUAGAGAGAGUGUGGAUGACUUUGUUUCAGAAUUGGUCCCGAACAUGGCGCCCUGUACUCACGUGAGGGGCUUUUGACCAAUCAGAGAGAGUAUGGCCAGACAAUCUCUUAAAAGAGUUGUCGAAAGCCCCUCACGUGACUACAGGCUGUCAUGUUUGGGACUCACUUUGAAACCAAGCUGUCCAUUCUGAUACUCUAUAGACUGCUCGGUUGAGACUGAACCAACAGCACCUCUGCUGGCUGCAGCCAAGUACUGCACUAUGUUUAUCCUCAAUUACUUCAAGACCUAUCAUACUCAUUGUCUCUUUUGUAUUUGAUUGUACUCCUCCUAUAGAGUCGUUACACACGAUCACUUCCUGCUAUUUUCUGCAUCCGGUGACAUCUGAUUGCAUAACAUUGCAAAAAGUCUUAAUUAAAUGAGCGAUUUCAGAUAGUGGAAGUGAAGACAGCUCCUUGAAGGAACAUCUAAAAUGGUCCCAGUGAAAUGGUUCUUUUAAGUCGUAUACAUAACCAAACCAUCCCUGCACCGUCUUCUGUUAGCAAUUCCACACAAUAUCUCAGCAAUUUGGCUUUAGCAGAGAGAUGACAGAAAACAACAGAAAUGUUCUAUUCGCAGGGAUCCUCUUGUUAUGUGUUUACUAAUACAACCUACACAACUUCUGUCCUUCUGCUCCUCUUACUUACACUGACAGUUGCAAAGUACUUUAUUGGACCUUUGACUGUUUUAGCUGUCUUUUCACUCACUCCCAUCUUAUAUUAAUAACAAACACAAUAAUCAACAUGAAAAGUAACUAAAUGCAGCAAAAAUAAUACAUCGAAUUGAGAUAUUUCAAAUAUACCAAAAAGUGAUUUUCUUACCCCUUUAUUUCACUUUGUUUUAGUGCUAUUUAUUUAUGGGCGGUGUGUCAAGCUUGGUUGGCUGAAGCAGGUCUUUGUGCCUCUUGCACAACGUUAAAAGUUGAUUUAGUCUUGCCCUGUUUCAAAAAAAGAAAGGAAACAAAAAAAAAUUGUGUAUUAACCAUGUAAGGCAUCAUGGCUGCUGCUGCUCUCAUUAUGUUCACAUCAGGGCCUUUUAUCAUUGUAUACAUUCAGAAGGUGCCAAGAAUAUGUUCUCGUUAACCUUAAAAUGUUGAUAGAAUGGACCACAUUGUACUACUGGGCCUUAAGUCUGUAUUUAGCUGACUGUUAGUGACCACUUGUGUGGACAGAUGUUAAUACAAGGGAUGGGCAUUUAACUAGAAUUGCUUGAAAUGCUUUUUUUCAAUAGUGUACUAACAUAGCUGAUGUCAACCACAUAGUUAUAUAAGUUUUCAUUUUAAUGAUUUGGGGUGCAUUAGAAAGUGGAAAGCUCUCAUUAAUAAUGGCAGACUAUAAUAGAAAACUGCCUUGUCAGCAUUAACAACAUUGAUGGGCUCAUUGUAAACAACUUAAGCGACAUUUUGAAGCGCAUACAGAGGUAGAUAAAGCUGCUGGUUAAUAACCAAUAAUGGUAUACUUUAAAUGCAACUACUGCCAUAUUAAGUACUUGAUUUAAAGAAAAUGAUAAAUCAGGAGGUUGCCCACAGCCACCGCCGCUGAUGGCAAUGUUUUUUGAUCGGUCUUUAAUUAGCGUCUGUUUUUGUAGAUGAUGCACGCAACAACGGGUUCAUUGACCAAAGCUGUUUCGGUAAACAAUACAAUAUUAUGCCCAUCGCCGGUUAACAUGAUUAAAGUUAGCUCGAACUUUUGACGACGUACGACUAAACACCACGCACAAUCCUGGCAGCCUCACGCUCAUGCAAGUGGCACUUUUCACACACACCCCGCCUCUCCUGUCCUGCAGUGUUUGGUGUUCCCCUUUUUCCUCCCCGGAAAGUCGUACUGUUUAAGGACGCAGGAGAAAAAGAAAACCACUGGCCGCCUUAUUAGGGGCUAUAGCUGCGUGUCACUUUAGUUGUCAUGGAAACCUGCCUAAUCACAGCAAACCUGUUUCUCUGGUUGGCAGACGUAUUGCAAAACUGGACCUCCUUCAUCAGAAGGGUGUUCCUAAUAAUGUGGCCAGGGGAAUACAACAUCAGUCCCUUUCAGUUCUUGUGAAGGGGGUGCUACCUGUACAAAUAUUUGGUGUACUACCUGGUUCAUCUUUGUAAUUGUUCUUUUUUUAUACAUAUAUAAAUAUAUAUACAGUACAUAUGUUUUUAUUGUCAGCAAACAUUUGUAAGGAAAAUCAUCACUUGUAAAUAAUCUUAAAUCCUGCUGGAAAGUCAUUUUAUUUAAAAAAAAACAAAACAAAAAAAAAACCAUUUUGGGUCUGUUGUGUUUUGGCAAAAUCUUUUUAGAAGUUGUUGUUUUUAAUCAACAUUGCUUUUGUUUCAUGUUAACACAUAAAUCAAAGAACAGGCUGAAGACUUACAAUAACAAAAAAAUGUUGAUUUAACUGAGUCAAGUUUGCUAAUUAAACCCUAAGUUGUGUAAACUAAUUGUAGCAAAUGUUUUAUUCUAUAUUCCUGAUCAUAUUUAACAAGAUGUUACAGAAUGUACGCCGUCUUCUGUCUUCAUUUCCCAUAUGACACAACAGUACAACAAUAGUAGAUACUCAGAAUCAGUUUUUUUAUUUUUAUUUUUUUUAUAUAAAUCUGACAUUAGCGACAUGCAUAUUAAAUAGCAGUACAAAUAUAGUAUGAUCACAAAUUCACAUCCAUUUUAUUCUGAAUUAUUCAUAGGACUGCAACUACCCUAAUAUGCUGCACAUCUAAAUAUGGUACUUGGAGCAUUAUAGAGCAGUGGUUCUUAACCUGGGUUUGAUGGAACUCUGAAGUUCGGUGAGUCGGGCUCAGGGGUUCGGCGGAGGUCAAGACACACCCGACUCAUCGUGUAAAUAAAAACUUUUCCCUAUCGGCGUAUUACGGAUACGGCAACAGCAGAAGUCACACUGAUUUGCAGGUGUGUCAUUUGUUGUGAGUUUAUGCACUGUGUUGGUUUUGUUCUUUGAACAAGGUGGUGUUCAUGCACGGUUCAUUUUGUGCACCAGUAAAAAAACAUGGUAACACUUUAGUAUGGGGAACAUAUUCACCAUUAAUUAGUUGCUUAUUAACAUGCAAAUUAGUAACAUAUUGGCUCUUAACUAGUCAUUAUGUACUUAUUAAUGCCUUAUUCUGCAUGGCCUUAUUAUAACCCCAAACCACUAACCCUAAUCCUAACCAAAUAACUCUAAAUUAAGUCUUUGUUACUUAGAAUAGAUAGUAUACUUUAUUGAUUCCUUAUGUUCCCCUAGUGCAGGCCUGGGCAAUUAUUUUGACUCGGGGGCCACAUUUAGAGAAAAAAAAUGUGUCUGGGGGCCGGUAUAUCUAUUUUUUAGGAACACUAACACAAAACCUCACAAUGUCUGAUUAAAUGCUAAAAACGUUAUGACAGACCGCCUUAAAAAACUUAAUGGAAUUGUAUUUUUUUCUAUGAACGAUAAAACACUGAAUAUUGACAAAAUGUAAAUGUCACACCUCCUUUCAACGUUCCCUCUAAGGUGCGCGCCUGCGCAAUUGCGCAGUGCUCACGCGUUCUCUGCGCACAGCAAAUUAAUGUCGCGCAGAAAAUCAAAAAUCCCAUCUGAACUUUAAACAAAAAAACACAUUACAAUUUAUUCUGUAUGAUUUUGCAAUGCAGCUCUGUGAGUGACAGGUGACAACAAGAGUGGGCCCCAAUGAAUAAAACUAUCUUUGUCAACACAGUUCAAUUAUCGUCUGUCGAGACACUGUACGGACAGGAAUUCCAUCAAUCACUUUAUUGAGCAAAACUGUUUGUAACCACACCAAAAAUAUAUAUGAGUAAAAAAACUUUUAUCUAUAAAAACUGGUAAUUUUCUGCCAUACAAACCAGGCUUAAACCAACGUUAUCAUCCGUCGUUUCAACAGAAGCCGCUCGCUCUUUCACCUGCACCAACACAAGCACUCAUGGCACUUAGCCAGUGCUGCGUUUAUGGCCACACAAAAAGUCGGACAACCCCAACGCCACACAAUGUGUAAAUGCCAGGUUGUAACACUCUGACUCCACAAUCAAAUGUGUGCUUAUUUUACUGCCAUUUAUUAAGAAUGUUUAUCUAAGGAUAUUAUUCAUGAAAUAUGGUCACUAGAUUUCAUAAAUGCUAAUAAAAACAUGUAUUUUACAGACAGAAGGUUACAGGAACUAAAUGUAAUCUCUGUAACAGGUAACAUUUCUUUUAAAGGCAGGACCCGCAGCCAGACAUACAAUACUAGCACAUAGGUCAUGAAAAACAUGUUUUUUUGUUAUCGUCAUUGUAAGAGUGCAAAAUCACUUAUAUCAGAAAAUUAUUUAAAUAAAACAUUUAAAUUGUUAUGAUGUCAGCUUUGGGACAGGUGUGGCCACAGUGUGCACGUCUGAUGUUGCUCACAUGUGCUCCACUGAAUGCUCAGGGAGUUUGUGCGUUUGCUCACACACAUUAAAAAUUAGAGGGAACAUUGCCCCCUUUCGAUCGACAUAUUUUACAAUCAAGUGAAACGCAACAAACAGUGAAAUAUGAACGCAAAGGGUACAAAAUAAACCCACCUACAAUCGGAUAUAUCUGAUACAUCACUAAGCUUUAAAACUUUGUUGUGAAAAUCUCAUUCCGCGUCCGUGGAAACGCUUCCCGCCCACACUGCUUGGAGCCUCGUCUGAGCUGCUGUGACGUAGAUGACCAUAGUAACUAAUUAGAUGACCAUAGUAACUAAUUAGAUUACCAACUGGUAUAUCAUCCAUAAGCGCAGAUUCCAACCAUUGAAAUACUUUGUAUAGUUCAAGACUUACGGUCAUGAGAAAACAUCACUGCACAUCAUACACUUUCCAUCUUAAAGAUCUAAAAAAAAUUAUUUGGGAAUGUCCGGCAGGCCAGAUUGAAAAGCUUAACGGCCGCAUGUGGCCCCCGGGCCUUUAAUUUGCCCAGGUGUGCCCUAGUGUCUAAAAAACUCUAAAUUAAGUCUUUGUUACUUAGAAUAUGUUCCCCAUACUUAAGUGUUAACAAAAACAUAUAACUUUGUCUUGAAUUAAGAAAAAAGAAGGGUUCGGUGAAUGCGCAUAUGAAACUGGUGGGGUUCGGUACCUCCAACAAGGUUAAGAACCACUGUUAUAGAGGAUGGAUCCAAAAGCUCAAACACCCACCUUUUUUUCUAUACAAAUCUGUGGAAAACUAUUUGAUUUAAUUUAUGAAUUCACAACACAUCAUUAAGAAUAUUAACUCACUAUUAUAACGAAGCCCUUAUCCAAAAGGUAAUGGGGUCAAACAACAAACUCACCUUUAAAGAUGAAUGUAAUUAUUAUUUUGGACUCUCCGCUUUUGUUUUUUCCUCCAUGCUUAUACUACUGUACAAAAUAUGAGUUUGUUUGAUUUAUUUUAAGCUGUUUCAUCACUGUGUAAAUAAAAUUAAAAAAACAUUUUCUGUGAUUGUUGAA